CAAAAUCUUCUGAAAAGUUUACUUUUAAGGGAUGUUACUCUAACAAAGACACUCCAAGAAGUUUCGAGAUAAUUAUUAUUGCUUUAUAUGUUAUUUAUGUGUACGGUUGUUGUAAUCAGUUAAAUUGAAAUACUUUGUUUCGGCCGGAUAUCUUUGCCCAGUACUUGGAUUUUUCAGGUGAACGAAAGAUGGACGAGUGGGAGGAAGAGGGAACGACUACUAGUUCUAUUACGCUAACCAGCCAUGCCCCAAGUGAAGGCCCACAAGGAGAGUCCCUGAUAACUGACGGUGGCGAAUUUGGAAGGGGUCGGGGUGGAAGAGGCAGAGGCAGACGAGGAUUUACAAGCUCGUUCUCCACGGACGCCAAUUCAUCCCAUAUUAUUAAACAAGCACUAAAAUGUGGUGAUGAGAAUGCGAAUGAUGUGGACAGCUUGAACCAUGCAGGAGGAGAAAGAGGUGGUUUCAGAGGUCGAGGGCGAGGCAGAGGAUUUGGCAGGACGGACCGCAGUGAAUUCAGUGGAGACAACGAUGGAAUGUAUGAAAAUGGGUCCAGAGGAGGAAGCCGAGGCAGCAGAGGAGGGGGAGGUUUCAGACAAGGUGGUGACCAGGGUGGCAGAGGAGGCUUUGGAGGAGGUUACCGUGGAAAAGACGAACAGAUCUUUGCUCAAGGGGAAGAUAGAGAUCUGGUAAAGAAGGAUGCAAGUGGUGGUGAUAGACCGAGGGUCACUUACGUUCCGCCAACCCUCUCUGAAGAUGAAGACUCCAUUUUUGCCCACUAUGAGACAGGAAUCAACUUUGACAAGUAUGAUGACAUUAUGGUUGACGUCUGUGGAGCCAACCCACCACAGGCACUCAUGACUUUUGAUGAGGCAGCAUUGUGCGAAUCCUUGAGAAAAAACGUCGGCAAAUCUGGUUAUGUGAAGCCGACCCCUGUGCAGAAGCACGGCAUCCCCAUCAUCUCUGCUGGCAGAGAUCUCAUGGCCUGUGCCCAGACUGGAUCUGGUAAAACGGCUGCAUUCCUGCUCCCCAUUCUGCAGCAGCUGAUGGUAGAUGGCGUGGCAGCCAGUAGCUUCAGUGAGCUGCAGGAGCCUGAAGCCAUCAUUGUGGCUCCAACCAGGGAGCUCAUCAACCAGAUUUACCUGGAGGCCAGGAAGUUUGCCUUUGGAACAUGUGUGCGUUCAGUGGUUGUUUACGGUGGAGUUAGCACUGGACACCAAAUAAAAGAAAUAUCAAGGGGAUGCAAUAUACUGUGUGGAACACCAGGGAGACUGUUGGAUAUGAUGGGAAAAGGAAAGGUCGGGUUGCAGAAGCUGCGGUACUUGGUGCUGGAUGAGGCUGACCGUAUGUUGGACAUGGGCUUUGAGCCUGACAUGCGCCGCCUGGUGGGCUCCUCCGGAAUGCCAUCCAAAGAGAACCGUCAGACUCUGAUGUUCAGUGCCACCUACCCAGAGGACAUCCAGAGGAUGGCGGCUGACUUCCUGAAGGCCAACUAUUUGUUCUUAGCUGUGGGUGUGGUGGGCGGAGCCUGCAGUGAUGUGGAGCAGACAUUUAUUGAAGUCACCAAAUUCUCCAAAAGGGAGCAGCUUCUUGACCUCCUGAAGACCACUGGAACGGAACGCAGCAUGGUGUUUGUGGAGACCAAGAGACAAGCGGAUUUUAUUGCCACUUUCUUGUGCCAGGAGAAGGUUCCAACCACCAGCAUUCAUGGUGACCGUGAGCAGCGGGAGCGAGAGCAGGCCCUGGCGGACUUCCGUUCUGGCAGGUGUCAUGUCCUGGUGGCAACCUCCGUAGCUGCCCGUGGCCUGGAUAUUCCAGAUGUGCAGCAUGUGGUGAACUUUGACCUCCCCAGCAACAUCGACGAGUAUGUCCACCGUAUUGGGAGAACUGGCCGCUGUGGCAACACUGGGAGGGCGGUGUCUUUCUAUGACCCAGAUGCUGAUGGCCAGUUGGCUCGCUCCUUGGUCUCAAUCCUGUCCAAGGCCCAGCAGGAAGUGCCCUCAUGGUUAGAGGAGUACGCGUUGAGCGCCCCCAGUACCACAGGAGUCAACCCUCCCAGGAAGAACCUUGCAUCCAGAGACACCAGGAAGGGUCCACAGGGAGGAUCUUUUCAAGACAGCAUUGUGAAGAGUCCGCAGGCUGCUCAGGCUGCAGUUGAUGAGGAAGAGUGGGAAUAGAGGGAAUGUUAGAGCAGCACACCCACACACAUUGACCUGAGUUCUUUUUUCUUUUCAGGUGUUCAGCUUGUUGUAGUUUUAUCGGUGGUUUUGUUUCAGGGAAAAAAAAUAGUUUGUCUCACAGGCUGGACAACGGUAAAAAUGUCAAGUGAGAUGUUAAUCGGGGAAACCUGAUCUUUUGUGUGAUCUGUCAACUUUAUCAGGCUUCACUUACCAGUGUAUUGUGGAAAGUUUUAAUUUUUAAUUCUUUUGUAAUCAUCAUUUACAUUUAAAUGUCUGAGGAGAAAAAUCACCAAUAAAUAAAUGUGUUCAAAGCAAA